AUGAGUGCCUAUGCCGCCUUACGUGACAGUGAUUCUAUUUCAUCAUUAUUGAAUGAAUUAAAUAAUCCAGAGGAAAAUGGUGUUAUAGGUUAUCUGCAGAACUCAUCAGAUGAGGAAGAGCCCAUCAGCUUGUUAGAAACCCCAAGUGAACAAACUAUUACAAACCAGAAGGCUUCACAAAUACUGUCAUUAAAUCAAGCGCCUCCUAUUUCAUCUUCAAGAUUUACUCCUACUAAAGAUAAUAUUGUUUUUGGAGACCAGUAUGUUAUAGUAGGCUUGAAAGUUAAUGAAUAUAUUAUGAUUAAUGGCCAAUUUAAGCUCAACAUUCAACGCGGAGCUAUACUAUUGAAUAAUAUCCACUACCUUUAUGCUCAAAGGAGUCUGCAUGAGAUUAUAGCGCCAUCUUCUUCUUCUUUGCCGGUAAUAGCAAGCACUCAGGUAUUGAACAGAGCUAAAGUUGAGGAUCAGAUAACAGAAGAAAAUGAACACCUUUUUUCAAGUGAUUAUAAAUCAGUGGUAAAGAUAUGGAACUUACGUACUGGUUUAGAGAAUAUUGGAAAAUACUAUUCUCCUUUUAAGAGACUUAUUUUUAAUCAAGAAUGUGGAGAUGAAAAUCUUAAUGAAUAUGAAGUAAAGUUUUUAGACUAUUCCUUUGAACUAGUGUUGUAUGACAAUAGAAUGAUAGGAUUAAAUAUAGAUAAAUCCUGGACUGAUAAAAUCAAAGAAAUCAUAUGUGAUAUAAAUGAUCAAUAUUCACCUAAAAUCAUAAUGGCUAUUGGGAAUAAAAAUAGUGGUAAAUCAACAAUGAACAAAACGUUGAUUAAUUCCAUAUUAACAGAAAGCGAUUCUUCAUCAAUAUCAUACCUUGAUCUUGAUCCUGGCCAGCCAGAAUACUCUAAGCCAUAUUCACUAUCAUUAACAAGAAUAGAAAAUACUAAUUUCGGAACAAAGUUUGCAUCAAGCACUGUAAGUGAUUCUUGUAAAGAGCAUUAUUUUGGUUACACUUCGCCUGUACAUAACCCAGGCCAAUACAUUUCUAUAAUUAGGAGUCUAUUUAAUUAUUAUGAAAAAAAUAACAAGCAAAUGGGAGACCAUCUUAUUAUUAAUACACCUGGAUGGAUUAAAGGAUACGGAAGAGAGAUUUUGAUAGAAUUAUCAACAUUAAUAGAGCCUGAUUAUUUACUUAUUCUUUCUAGCAGUUUGGAUCCAAAUUCAAGGGACAAUAUAGAAUUAGCAGCUGGUUUGAAGUUUAAAAAGCCCAUGUUUUUAGAAGGUGUCUACCAAACUUCGAGGUAUUCACCAGUGCAAUUGAGAAUCUUAAACAAAUUAAUUUAUUUUCACCAGAGAAAAAAUUUGGAAUUUGAAUUUGCUUAUCAUAUUUUGAAAGAAUCACCCCUUAGAAUUUCUUACCAAACUAUCAAUUCACCUGAUGAAUUCAUUGGUGUUAAUGCAAUCACAGUGCUAGGUUUGGAUGUAAUUCUGGAUUCUAAUUAUGAAGAUGUACCCUUAAUGUUAGAGUCUUCCAUUGUGGGAAUUUAUUUAGUAGAUCACGAAUACUUUUAUUCUCAUUCCCACCUAUUAUAUAAGUCAAGUGCUCAUGAUAAUUUACCAUUGUACUUAUCCAACGCCAAUUAUAAUAAGAUGGUAGCAUAUGAUGCGUGGGAUAAAUUUGUGUUUAUGGGACUCACAAUGAUUCAUAGUAUUAAUCGUUUUCAAAACUACUUCAGUGUCUAUUUACCAGAAAAAUUAUCGAUGGAUAUUAAGGAACAUCUUGGACAAGGGUUUAAGAUGUUGUUGGUAAAAGGAGAAGGUGAAAUUGCUAGCCCGGAAAUUUUGAACCCAUACAUAAUCUCAAAGAAGACUAAACAGCUUGCCAGACUUUCCAAGAAAAGGAGAUCUGGAAUAGCUAGCUCAGAUGAAUCAGUUAUAUCAAUACCUUAUGUAAGUUUUGAAGCAAAGAAUAAGGUGGGAGGUGUUUGGAGAAUUAGGAGAAAUGUACAAAGAAGGAGCCAUCAAAGAACAUAG